AAAAAGACUUUAUUUCCAAUACAAGGAUCUGAACGAAAUUCAGGUGGGGCUUCCCAUGGCAUUCUUUUCCCCUGUGUUUCAGCGAAAGACGCGGUUGAAGAUGGUGUCCAAGGUGUCAACCAGCCAAAUUGGCUUAGAAAUGAAAGUUACAAAGAUGUCAUUGAGCAUCAAAAGACUUCUGUAGAGCAACACGAGUCUGCAGACCAGGGAGGCAAACGUGCACAGUCAGACAUCUCUAGUUCAGACGAUGAAGGAGAACUUCAUUCCAGCAAGGAAAUAAAGGAAAAAAGUUUUGAUGUUAAUGAAAAAGUGCGAAAAUACCAUAAGGACAAGAAGAAACACCGACAUAAAAAGAAACGAAAACAUGAGAAAGAAAAAUCAGGGUCUAAAGACUAUAUUAAUGAGGAUGCAAGCAAACCCAAUACAAUUUGGAUCGAAGAAGCUCAACUUGUCCCCGAGAAAGCCUUCAGACUUCACAAGAAACCUGAUAUGGCCAAUCGCAUGUAUGACACACUCUACCGGUUAGACAUUGCUUUGUAUAAGUUGAAGUCAAAUGCAACGUGUCUUGGUCUUGGUAAACAUCAAGUUAUUGAGCUGUUUGAAAAGAAAGGAAAGAAAAAGAAAAAACAGGAUAAGACAGUGAGAUAUUGGCGUGUAAAAGAUUUCCAGUUACCAGAGAAUGCUGACAACAUUUCUAUGACAUUGCAAAGUACUGUUGAUAUGUCAAACCAGAGAGUCAACUUGGUUGAUGGUAGUAAUUACAUAUCUCUCAAGUUACCCAGUCAAGAAGAUAUAGGCCAAAUGGAAAACAGUCAUAUUUCUUCCAGAGAGGCUCUUAUGGCUGAUAGAGAUUCUCAGGAAUCUGACAUCUUGCAAAAGAUUCGUGAGCUAAACAAGAUCUUGCAUGACGAACCACAUGAUAUUCAAACUUGGCUUGCUCUUGUCGAUCUUCAAGAAGAGGUUGUCAGACGAGAAGACUCAGUCCAAUCAAGCUUCACAGCAACAGGUAGAGAAAGGAGAACAGCUGCCACAAGGACAGUAAUUGAAAAGAAAAUUGCUGUCCUUGAGAAAGCUUUGCAAAAAAAUCCAAACACAGUUGAACUUAUAGUAGGGCACUUAAAUCUUUGUAAUGAGAUCUUGGAUACUGAGGAAUUAGUUCAGAAAUGGAAGAAAAUCAGUUUCAUUCACCCAAACAACACUCUGUUGUGGAAAAACUAUAUACUUUUCAUGCAAUCAAGAUUUUCAGUGUUCUCAUUUAGCAAGACAGCAGUAGUGUAUGGUAAAUGUCUAAGUACACUGUCAUCUAUAAAGGAGGGAACUUUUGCAUCACACCAGGCUGAAGGUGACUUGGAGAGUGAAAUGGUGGACUUGUUUAUCAGUGAAUGCCAAUUUUCAAAGCAGUCAGGUCACACAGAAAAGGCUGUUGCCUGCCUGCAGGCCAUGGUGGAAUUGAACUGUUUUUGUUCACCUGAGUUGGAGAGGAACACUCCAGUUACUGGACAGAUGGCUUUUUUGGAGACAUUUUGGGACAGUGGUCAGCCAAGGUUUGGGGAAGACGGUGCAAGUGGUUGGAAGUCAUGGACGGCCCAAGGAAACAGGACUGAUUCAUCUAAAUUCUUUGAUGUCCAGAAAAUUUUUAAGGAAAGUUAUGGUAAUGCGGCAGAUGAGAAUGAUUCUCUUAAUGAUGAUGAUGACUUUGCCAUCGAUAAAGAGCAACCUUUGUGGAGAAAUUGGAUUCAGGUUGAAUUGAACAGGCAGAGGAAACACUUGCAUCCAUGGCUACCAGAUAAGGAAGCAGGAGAAACAGAGGAUGACUGUGAUGAUGCUGAGAGACUUGUUUUGUUCGACGACAUUAGUUCAAGUUUGUUCAAAAUUGCUGACACUGGGAACAAGCUUAAACUUGUGUUAACUUUCUUGAAGCUGCUUGGAGUGCCAGUACCUUGUAUGACCUCAUCAACACACAUAAAUGUACAACAAUUCUUGAACACUUCUUUAGAACACAAGUCACAAUUACUAGAAACUGGAAUAUCUGCUAUUUCUCAAUGCCUUGGUUUACAGCAGUCAUGCUACUGGGAUGAGGGCAUCUUUACCAAUACAAGUGAUUUCCAGUGGCCAUCUACAAAGGCUUUGAUUUUUAUUAGGAACAUCUUUGUACAAAGUUUUCCAGUGUUUGAAGGAUCAACAAAGAGCUUCCUAAUGGUCUUGUGGCUUUGGUUUGAGUUUGGUCUAACUCAGAAAGAGCUAUCACCAAAACUGAGUAAGAAGAAGUACAAAGACGUCCGAAAAUUGGCCAAGAGCCUUCUGAAACAACCAGAAAGCAGGAAUGAUCUGAAGCUAUGGCAAGCUUUUGCUGAGAUAGAGUGGUUGUCUGGCAACAGAGAAGAAGCACGCAGAUUGUUUGACUCCACUCUUAUGAUGGCUGGUGAAAUGUUUCCUGAGGAACAGAGCAGGAGGGCGGCUUUGGUACCUCUUGUCAGGUCAUAUGUUGAGCUUGAAGUUGGCAUCACAUUAAAUUCAAAAGAAGACCAGUCAAGUGAAGGAAGCAAGAAAGCAUUACAGAUCUUGACCUCAUUUGCAGACGGAGCAAGGAUUCAACCAUCUGCAUCUGACAUGUCAACUUCAGAUCUGUCUUCUGUUCAACUACUGAAGGCUCAUAGAAUCUACCAGAAGUUGCACCGAAACAUUGUAGAAACAAUUGAACCCCGAGACAGCAAGGAGUUACUAGCUGAGUGCAGUAUAGCCACAGGAAGUGUUGCCGUGCAUUUAGAAGCUUGCAUUGCAUUGUUUGAGUAUUUGAGCAGUAGCAUCCAAAGUUUGUUAUCCAUGUGCAAUGAAUUCAUUUCAAUGAUAUCACCUGGUGUAUCAAGCCCAACUAGUCUCAGAGAGAUGGACAUUGAACUCAUUUUGACUUUUUACGUGAAAUUAUUUCGAUUUCACAGCAAAAUGGGCCAAACUCUUCCACUGAAAGACAUCAGACACAUUGCACUCUCUGCACUGGAAAGGUUUCCAGAUAAUCCAAAGUUCUUUUCCUUUUACAUUGAGAGAGAAUCAAAGUCUAUUCUCACUGGUGAAUUAAGAAGGACGCUUGACAGAGCCACCUUAAGGGCUAAGACACCUGUGCCAUGGAUCUUUGCCCUGUAUCAUGAGCAGUUGCGUACAGAGUCCAUGGUCUCUGUCAUGGAAUGUACUGAUUUACCCUCUCUAGCAGCAGAGAAAGGUGCUGCUGCUGUAACUUCCCUUCCAGUUACGGGUGUGGUUCAUCGCCAGUAUGCACUGUUUGAAAGAGCAGUGAGCAGUCCCUCUGGCAGACACUGUGUGGCUUUGUGGAGAAUGUACAUGGAAUUUGAGGCAAAACAUCAAAAAGAGAAAGUGCAGUCAGUGUUUUAUCAAGCAAUACAAAACUGUCCAUGGGCUAAGACUUUGUACAUGGAUGCUGCACAGCAUCUGCCAGAUGAUUUGCAAGAUAUAGUUGAUUUAAUGGUUGAGAAGGAAAUCAGAGUGCGUGCUCCACCUGAAGAGAUUGAGCUCCUCAUGCAAGAGUAACAUGGAAUGGUUGAGUUAUGAUAUCUAUGCAUUAUUCAGCAAACAGAUGAGAAUACUCACACUUAUCAGGCAGAAGUUCUCUUGAUCCAAUACCAAAUUCUGGUA